GCCCAGGAGCUGGGCCAGGAGGUAAAAGCUUUUCUCACCGGCCUCGACCCCGUUCACGGCACCAAACUCUCCCCGAAAGAUCACGCUCGCUGCGCCCUCCUCCUCCUCCGUAGCCUCCCCCCGGCCCGACACGCCGCGUUGGAUCAUUUCCGGUCCGUUUUCGACGAUCAAGUCUGUUCCCAUCUCUUGGAACGGGAAAACGGAGGAGGAACGACGUCAGGAGGAGGAGGAAGGACGUCGGGAAGCGGAUUGGAAGACGUCGUGCAAGAAGUACAACGGGUGUUGACGGAAUUCGUGAAGGCUAAUCCCAAAGCUUGGGCGCCCGUCGUUUCCGCUUGGUCCAUCGAUUUAAUGGGACAAUUAAGCAGCAAAUACGCGGGGAGACACGGCGUACCGCACGCUUCCAGCCUUAACGAGCUUUUACAGCUCUGGAUGUCCUGCAAAGCCACGCGGACGUUGAUGGAAAUUUAUACCCAGUGUCUUUCCGCCAUGAUCGGAGGAUGCCCGGACGCUUGCGUCGACGCUUUGUUGGAUACGUCGGUUCAACAUUCGCCUCAUUUCGAUUGGGUCGUGGCUCACAUCGGUUCUUCUUUUCCCAACACCAUCAUCAACCGCGUCCUCUCUUGCGGUUUAAAAGAUUUUUGCGUACACGGAGCGACGCCGGGGGAUUUCUUUUUUCCCGUGGCGGCCGAUAAACGCGUGCCGAAAAUAGCGUCGGUGGUCGGGAUUUUGGGACAUUUGGCUUCUCGACAUUCCGGCAGCAUUAAACAAGAACUUUUACGGAUGUUUCACGAGAGUUUAGGUCCCGCUAGAGAUCAACACCAAAAAGCCGCUGUCCCUUUUCUCCUCCAAGUAGCCGUCAUGUCCCCGGCGUUAUUGGGUACGAUUUCUUCGGAAUUGGUCGAUUCUCUCAAACCCAACGUCCUCAAUCAACUCCACCAACAUUUCGUUUCCCUUCCGCGCGAAGAUCUGGAGAACAUGGUCAGCAUCGUCGUCCACCUCAUCUGUCAAACCUCCGCCGGAGCUUAUCGAAUUCUUCAAUUUUUGGUAAAUACGGCGAUGCCGGCGUCCGUCAUCACCCCGCCGGGCCUCACCUUACACGACGGCGUGCGAGAAUCUUGCGAUCGCAUCAUCCAACUCCUCCUCCUCAACCUUCAAAAAUUAGUUUAUAACCGCGGCAAUCCCAGUUUAACCGAUUCUCCGCCUCGUCCGGUUCCUUUUUUGGAUGCUUUGAAAUCUCACGUCCGGGAUUUAUGCGUAGAGACUUUACGGUUGGAGAGGAAACGUUUUCUUUGGCAGCAUCAGCUUUUGAGCCUUUUGGCCGUUUAUUCGGCUCCUCACUGCGCCACCGACGCGCUUUUCUUCCUCCUGACGCUCGCCCGGACGCAGGAAGAGUUGGCUUUGGCCACGCAACUUUACGCCGUUCUCAGUUCCUGCCUCACCGAUCUCCUUCCCGCCACCGUAAAAACCUGCGUUUCUCAAAUCCACGCCGGACGUUUACCGGAAUCGCAAAUAAUUCAACUUUUUCGUAAUUUAGCUCUGGUGGUGCAAUGGGAAGGCGGAGAAGGGGGAUCGGCGGCCAUGGGGGUGCAGUUGGGCGCCGUCCUGGCUCGGCAUCUCCACGAUUUCGGGCAGCUCCUCCUUCACCGCAACCCCGAAGUCGCCGAAGCCGCUUGUCUCCUCUUAUCCGUCUGCCCUUUCCCUCGCGCCGUUCCUCCCGCUCACCUCUCGGCCGUCGUCCGCGCAGCCGUUCAUCAAUUUUUUCUGGUUUUAAGGCAAAAAAAUCCCGCCAGCCUGUCGUACAGCGGCCGGUUGCUGGCGCGACUGAGCGCCGUUUCCUCGGCCGCCGCCAAAUCCGUCCUGCAGCAGUUGGUGGAGGGAGCCCUGCGCGGCAGAAACGCCGAACUUUUCGGCGGAUCGGCUGAAAAAUCCGAUUGGGAAGAAACGGGACGAGAAGGAAACGCCGACGUUUCUUUAUUAGACAUCAACCGGCGUUUCACCGCCACCGUUAAUUUUUCCGGCGGCGUUUGGUCCGUUUUUCACGCCGGAAUUAUCGGUCGAGGAUUAAACCCCGCCACGGAACCGGGCGAACGAACGCCGGAGGAAUUAGCGCACAACGUCCAAACCUUCCUCACGCUUUUACUCCGUUGUUGUCGCCUCGGUCGAUCGAACGAAACCUCUUCCGACACCGAAAUUAAUCCGGAAGCCGCCAAAGCCGUAGCCGCCGCCUUAGUAGAAUCCGUUUGUCCGGAAGCGUCGGGAGGAGAAUUAAUUUGGCCGCCGGAAGAACAAUCCCGCGGAACGGUAGAACGCGAUUUACGUAUUUGUCGUCGCUUUCGGCAUCAUCCUCUUCUUUUUCCGCUCCUAAGACUCGUCGCUACCGGUCGACCGGCUCUUUGUUAUUGUUCCGGCACCCUCGGAUCGCCGUGGCAACUCCAGGCUUCCUGUUGCCUCGUCGCCUGCAUGGCCGAAGGUUCGUUGUUACCUCCCGUUUUGGGGAACGUCCACGAGAUUUUCGAACAUUUGGCUCCUUUCGAAGUUCAUCUCCUUCUCCUCAGCGUUUGGGAUUAUUUACGCGAUAACAAUCCCCUCCCUCAAAAAUUUACUUUUCACCCCGAACGAGGGGUUUUCCGACGGGAUUUCUCGCGGGAUGGAGACGUCGGGAAACACCUGGCCGUGCUUCACAGCGUCCUCCAUAAAAAUAUUCAUCGGUUGGGGUUGUUG